AUGGGUCUUUAUAAAAGAAAAACGACUCGACAAGAUUGGCAUCCAGAAAAUAUGAUUCAGGCAAUUAAUCAAGUAAUUUAUCAUCAAAAAUCUAUUCAAGAAACUGCCAGAAGGUAUGGGAUUAGCAGAACAACAUUAUCUAGAAGAAUACAACAAUAUCGAUUCAACCCGGAUAUAAUUUUGGCUAGCCAAAAAGGUCUAGGAAGCUACCAGCCUUUUUUUACACCAACACAAGAAAAAGAGCUCAAGAACCACCUUAUUGAAGUUCAAGGCCAGCUACGUGGACUGGGUUCAAAGCAAACAAGAGUCCUGGCGUGUUUAGCAGCUCAAGAAAAUAAUAUUGAGACCCCUUGGACUGAUUCAAUUGCUGGUAAAGAGUGGCUCAGAGGUUUUCGAGCUAGACAUCCUGACCUAGCUCUUAGAAAACCAGAGUCAGUCUCAAUUUAUCGGGCACGAGGUUUCAACAAAGUUGUUGUUAAUAAAUUUUAUGAUUUAUUAGAACAACAACAAAAUAUGAAUAUUAUAAUUGGUGUUGGAGACAGUGUUCAGUAUCCACCUGACAGAAUAUUUAAUAUUGAUGAGACCUGUCAAUCUGUUGAUCCUAAAACCCAGGUUAAAAUAUUGUGUUUAAAAGGUCAACGACGUACAGGUCAAUUAACAACUAGUGAUAGGAAUAAAGCCAUUACUGUCACUGUGUGUGUCUCUGCAUCAGGCCACUUAGUCCCCCCAUUAUUUAUUUUUGGUCGCAAAAAAAUGCAUAAUAAAUUAAUUGCAAAUACAAUGGAGGGAUCAUGGGGUACAGUGACUGAUAAAGGCUGGAUGACAGCAGCUUCAUUUCUCCAGUGGUUUAAAUGGUUUAUUGAGUAUACUGUACCAACAAUACAACGUCCAGUACUGUUAAUACUCGAUGGUCAUGCCAGCCACACCAAGAAUAUUGAGGUGUCCAGACUGGCUGCAGCAUCACACGUCACCAUCCUGUGUCUGCCACCACAUACUACUCACAGACUCCAACCACUGGAUGUGAGCAUCAUGAAGCCACUGUCUGAUGCAUAUGGUGAGAUAUCCACCAAUAUGACACGAUCAGGAAAGAGACUUAUUGAAGAAGAUAUUGCUGGUAUGAUGAGUAUGGCUAUGGAAGCAGCGGCAACACCAAAAAAUAUUCGAGCUGGAUUUCGUGCCACUGGCAUAUGUCCAUUUAAUAGAAAUGUUUUUACACGAGCUGAUUUUGCACCUGCUUAUCUUUCUGAGCGAGCAAAUCCAGCAACACAAGAUCAAGAUCAAGACCACUAUCAAGACCACUAUCAAGACCAAAAUCAAGAACAAGAUCAAGAAGAAGAACAAGUAUCAGCUGAAAAUCAGCUGGAAAAAUCUAUGAAGUCAUCAAGACGUCCAAUGUUUUGGUCAGGACGUCCAACAUAUCAUCUUGAUGAUUCUGAUGAAGAAAGUGAUCGUGAUAAAGAUAAAAAUGAAAAAGCCAAUAGUUGUCAAAAAAAACCAGCACUAAAACGGAUGAUGAUAUUAAUAAUAUAA